AGAGAGAGAGAGCUGUAUAAGCGAGCCUUCCUGCCCCAACUUGCUUGGAAAAAUAUUCAGCUGACGGCAGAGGGAGAUGGGUAGACAGAGGGAGUUGCCGCCGCCGCCGCCGCCGGGUUGCCAUUCUGUCUCUCUCUAAGAGUACCCCUCCUUUCGCCGUGUAGACCCGCCACCUCAUCACCGUCACAGCUUUCAAAGAGAGCAGCUUUACGUGCUUAAUGUCAAGGAGAGCAGCUUUACGUGCUUAAUUUCAAAGAGAGCAGCUUUACGUGUUUAAUCUUGUCGGGUUUGAUCUUUUCUGCCGAAAUGCUUGGCAUUCCUAGAUUCUACAGAUCAUUAUGUUGCGUGCGAAGCAGAUCACUAACCUCUCCAACAGUGCUCGGUCAUUCUUUGUCAGUGGGUCUCGCUGUGGUACAGCAGAAGGAAGUUCAUGUUCAUGCUCUGAAGAUGAGACCUGCAUUCCUAGGAGACAGCAGCCUAGGAACGAUGCACCUGUCGUACAAAAGCCGCCCACCUUAGUCUCCACAGCUUCAGCAAAAGCUGGAGCCUUUGCUUCUGCAGAAAAUGUAAAGCUGAGGCCUUCUCAUGAAGUUGACAACAUACCACAAGCUGUAUCUACUAGUCCUACUCUCAGGGCAGAGAAAUCUGGGCUCAUCAAAUAUGCUGCUGAUGCGGAUGUUUCCGGGCACUCGUCGUCUCCUCAGAUGUCUGAUCAACUUUUCCGGGCAGGUAUUGUUGCUGUGAACUUUCUGAACGACCUCGUAAACUGUAAGAUUGCCUUGUCAGAUGGAAGCGGAGCAUUAACGCCAUCCUCCCAAAAAUAUAUGGUCGAUCCCUCUAGGCCUGUUGCAAACGUGAAGCCAUCUAAUGUGAAGACUGUUAGGAGGGAGAGAUUCCAAAAGGUUCACCAAAGACCAUCAACAGGAAGCUCAAAUUGUUCAAGUCACUACAAUGCAAGGGACUACAAGGGAGAUACCAGAGCUGGGAAAUCCAAUUCUGAGGGUUUCAAGGGCUUCAAUGAUACUGGAACUGGAAAUUCAGUCAAAAAAUCUGUAUUUUCAGAUGCUCCAAACAGGAGGACAAGUAUUCUGCAACGACCGAAGACAUACUCGAAUAAUUUCUUGCAUUCCAACCCUGUGCAAGUUCCAGAGACAAGGGUUGCGGAGAGUUUUGCGGGAUCUGUGAAGGAUGCUAGAACGCUGACGGGGAUCGUCUCUAACCCAAGGCAGUUUGCGAAUACAGCCAGCAUGGUGGAUCGUAUUUCGCGGAUAUUAAUGCAGAUGGAGUGGGGCCCACAUGCAGAGGAGGCUCUCCAAAGGCUUAACUGCACGAUCGAUGCGUAUCAAGCGAACCAGAUUUUGAAGAAACUGCAAGACUAUGGAGUGGCUCUUGGUUUCUUCCAUUGGUUGAAAAGGCACCCUGGAUUUAAGCAUGAUGGGCACACCUACACCACCAUGAUUGGAAUCCUCGGCCGUUCAAGGCAGUUCGGAGCAAUCAACAAGUUGCUUGAUCAGAUGGUCAGGGAGGGUUGCCACCCGAAUGUUGUCACUUAUAACCGGUUAAUUCACAGUUAUGGCCGGGCAAAUUACUUGAAGGAGGCGAUGAGUGUCUUCGAGCAGAUGCUGGAAGAGGGAAUCGAACCUGACCGAGUCACAUACUGUACGUUGAUCGACAUUCACGCAAAAGCUGGGUUCCUUGACAAUGCCAUGGACAUGUACAGAAGAAUGCAAGCUGCAGGUCUCUCUCCCGACACAUUCACGUAUAGCGUUAUGAUCAAUUGCCUUGGAAAAGCUGGCUAUUUAGUGGAUGCCCACAGGUUGUUCCAUGAGAUGGUCGAUCGUGGAUGCGUCCCCAAUGUGGUCACCUAUAAUAUAAUGAUCGCUCUGCAGGCCAAGGCCCGAAAUUAUGAGAAUGCACUGGAGUUAUACCGUGAUAUGCAGAAUGCAGGAUAUGAGCCUGACAAGGUUACAUACAGUAUUGUGAUGGAAGUCCUUGGUCACUGUGGCUAUCUGGAGGAGGCGGAGGCAGUUUUUCGUGAGAUGGGCCGUAAGAACUGGGUGCCUGAUGAGCCUGUUUAUGGUCUCUUAGUGGACCUGUGGGGAAAGGUGGGUCAGGUUGAGAAGGCCUCAGAAUGGUAUCGCGCUAUGCUUGAUGCAGGCCUCCGCCCGAAUGUGCCCACUUGCAAUUCCUUGCUUGGGGCAUUCCUUAGGGUCCACAGGCUCUCUGAUGCUUACGAUCUUCUUAUAAACAUGCUCCACUUGGGGCUAAGCCCAUCGCUUCAAACUUACACUCUUCUUCUCAGCUGCUGCACUGAGGCUCGGUCGUCAUUUGACAUGAGCUUCUGCUGCCAGCUCAUGGCGAAGACGGGCCACCCAGCUCACAUGUUCCUGCUCUCCCUGCCUGCAUCAGGGCCGGAUGGGCAGAAUGUCCGGGACCACAUGGGCAGGUUCCUGGACUUGAUGCACAGCGAGGACCGUGAGAGCAAGAGGGGGCUAGUGGACGCUGUUGUGGACUUUCUCCACAAAUCGGGCCUCAAGGAAGAGGCAGGAUCCGUGUGGGAGGUUGCUGCAGAGAAGAACAUGUACCCUGAUGCCAUCAGGGAGAAGGCUUCAUGCUAUUGGCUCAUAAACCUCCACGUGAUGUCAGAGGGCACUGCUGUGACUGCUCUUUCCAGGACACUCGCUUGGUUCCGCCGGCAGAUGCUGGUCUCGGGCGUGAGCCCCACAAGGAUAGACAUAGUUACGGGAUGGGGGAGGCGGAGCCGUAUCACAGGAUCAUCCCUCGUGAGGCAAGCUGUCCAGGAGCUACUCAACCUGUUCAGCUUCCCUUUCUUCACGGAGAAUGGAAACACCGGCUGCUUUGUCGGGUGCGGGGAGCCGCUCAACAGGUGGCUUCAUCAGUCUUAUGUGGAGAGGAUGCACUUAUUAUGAUAGUCUGAACGUUUUUUGUUCAGUACUACUCCAGCGGAGGAAGACCUGUAGUUUUGUUGUGGAGGUAGGGCAAGGGAAGCUGCCAGGCAAGGCUAGCCUCGGCGCAAUUGCUUGUAUUUAAAACUUAAAACUUGCACUGCAGAUUAAUGUUUAGUUGAGUUAUGUAAAUCGGACAGUGACUGUAGUCGCCAUUGGCUGAACUCGGGUAGUUCUGGCCGAGCCUUUGCUGCCACUGGGGGCUCUUCAUGUCUGAAGGUGCUGUAGCUAUCAGUAUGUUCUGUUCAAGGGAAUGAAUUAUUAGUGAUUUUCUUCUG